UUGUUCAACCCUACUAAGCACUUCACUCAGAGAAUACAUCACUGUGAUGUUUCUAUUGAGGAUGUCUGUUUUAUCUCUUGGCAUUUUAAUGACACAAGAUAUCUCAACUGUCAACGUUUUGGUAAAGUACAAGGCUUCAAACUUGCUGAAAUUAAAAUUGUAAAUUCACAGCAGACUUAAAGCGCGUUCCAUCGACCUCCACUCACUCUCUGUCCAGACUGUUACAAGUCAAACACGUCUCAGUGCACCACUCUCCCUGAACACUAGGUGACGCUGUUUUACGCGCUGUAAUCCCAAAUCCUCCUGUUAUGAGGUGGAAGUUUUUUUUUCCCUCUUUCCACGUUCAGUAAUCUGACACCCAAAAAAAAAGGAGACUCGGGAGCAGAAGGAUGGACCCUUAACUCCGCUGGAAGGACGGAAGGAAGGAGCAGUCGUCCAACGAGCGCAAACGAGAGGGUGGCGAAAAACGCUGUGCGCAACAAAACAAACCCCGUGGCUGGCUGCGGCAGCGGAGGGAAGAGAGAGCUGGGUGCCUGCGCGUCUCUAAAAUAUACUGGCCGCCCGCUUCAAAUGAUCUCAAAGCGACAAGUUUCACUUUCCACAGGCGGAUGGGUGACUUUCCACGGCGCUUUGUGAGGAGGAGAUGAUGAAGAAUUUCAGCGGCAGUCCCCUUCACAGCAACAACCAGACUCCCAACCACAUAAGAGAGCGAAACAACAGAAAGUACAGCUUUCUCUCUACCAUACCGUUCCGAUUUUCCCUGCGAGGUUAUGGUUUCUGCAUGGCUACGCUGUUCCUCUUCUGUUUCGGCUCCCUUUUUUACCAGCUGAACGGAGGACCCCCUAAAAUCCUGCUGGACAUCCGACAGUAUCUCGGGGUGUGUGGGAAAAAUCUCUGGUCAGUCAAAAUUGCCACCGGCAGGCCCUUAAUCCAUAAGGACAGGCUAGCAAGACAGCUGGUGUCGCACCCACAUGUCCACAAGCAGAGACGAGGUGAAUCCACAUAUCUGGAUGACCACGGACCCCCUGCUCCAAGAGUGCUCCCGUUCCCCAGCCAGGUGGUUUAUAACCGUGUGGGGAAGUGUGGCAGCCGGACAGUGGUCAUCUUACUGAGGUUACUGGCUGAGAAACACCAGUUCAACCUGGUCUCCUCUGACAUCCACAAUAAAACACGCCUCACGAAACAUGAACAGGUGGACCUCAUGAAGAACAUCAGUAAUAUCCCUCAGCCAUUCCUCUAUACACGGCAUGUUCACUUCCUCAACUUUACCAGGUUCAGGAUAGAGCAGCCUGUCUACAUCAACAUUAUCCGGGAUCCCAUCAAUCGGUUCCUCUCCAACUACUUCUUCCGUCGCUUUGGUGACUGGAGGGGCGAGCAGAACCACCUCAUCCGCACCCCAGGGAUGAAAGACGAUGAGCGAUACCUGGAUAUCAAUGUUUGCAUUCUAGAGAACUACCCUGAGUGCUCCAACCCCAGAGUUUUCUACAUCAUUCCCUAUUUCUGUGGACAGCAUCCUCAAUGCAGGGAGCCGGGAGUAUGGGCCUUAGAGAGGGCCAAACAAAAUGUGUUGGAGAACUACCUCCUUGUGGGUAUCCUGGAGGAGCUGGAGGAUGUUCUUCUCCUGUUGGAGAGGCUCUUACCUCAUUACUUUACUGGAGUACUCAACAUUUACAAGAGCCCUGACUACAGAAAGAUGGGGAACAUGACCGGCACAGUGCGUAAACACACACCCACCCUGGAGGCCCUGCAGGUGCUGUACCACCGCAUGCGCUAUGAGUACGAGUUCUACAACUUCAUCCGUGACCAGUUCCACCUAAUGAAGAAAAAAAUUGGCCUCAAGUCUGUCUCCCAACCUCCUGCCUACUCACCCGCUUUCCUGCGGGAGCUGUCCCUCCGAACCCCGGAGCCUCUAGAUGAAGACGAGGAGCUGGACACAGACCUGGAGGAUGCCAACAGCUGGCUGGUUCAUCCCUAAGGGCUGUUUGAUGAACCGUGUAUGUAGCCAAAGAAAAGCUGAUUGGCUAGAAUUGGCUGGAGAUAGCUGGAGGCAGCCUGAAGGCAAAGGGGGAGCAUUCCCCGUCUUUCAGCAACCCCUAGAAAAGUGAGGUGUGUUCAGGGGGUGUGUGGAUCCUGACGCUCGUGCUUUCACAAGCUCUGUUUUCCAUCUGCAAUAGACUCCUAUCAUGACAGGCUCAGUGCUGAGGACUAUAGGGUUGAGUUAUUGGGAGGACAAAAUGCUCUAUUUAAAAAUUGACCAAGGACAAUGGGAAGUAAUGUUAAGCUAAUUUUGCUUGACUCAAAUUUUGUUUUAACUUGAGCUUGUUUUGGGUUUGUUUAUGUACAAAGAAAAAAAACCUAUCAUUGCUGUAAUCUCCAGGAGAGAUCAGCACAAGAUUAAUGUGUUGAGAAAUAUUCUAAAUGUUGGUCGCUGGGAUGUUUACUGUAUGAGUGGACUUCAGAGACAUUGCCCAAGACAUUGCUAUGACAGGAUUAGUGUCCUAAAAGCUGGAAUGGAAAUGGUGUCCACAAAUAAAAAAAAAAGUGCCAAAAGUCUUGUAUGUAUAUUAGUCAUCCAGGACUGUUCUAAGUGCCAAACCUUGCUAAGAGUUCCAGUAAGUGCGUGAGAGGAACCUCUGUGCAUAGCUAGUGCAAUUGUGUGACAUAGUCAAGUCAGUUGUUAUAGUUUUGGUUUCUAACAUUCUGUUUACUUUGUUUAAUUAGGUAUAAAUGAGGGUUAAAUAGUAAGCACUCGAUUAUGAAUUCAGAGAAUUCCAACAAUGUGUGCAUGAAUGAAUGACUUUGACCAGACCAGCAGUGUAUUUUAGCAUAGAUUCAAUACUUGGGACAGGUCAUUAGUUGAGAAUGUAGGCAAAUAAAAAUAACACUAAAAAGCAUUUAUGGGGCGCAGUUAGUUUAAUCUAAAGUUUAAAAGAUUGAGUUUGCCAAAUACCAGUGUUUCUACUGCAAUGCAUUAUAAAACUGUAUAAAUAUACUGCACUUUUUCUGAGGUGACUCCUGAAAUUCUGCAGCAAAAUUAGGGGUUUGGUCAAAAAACUGGAUACUAAUUUGUCUUUAAUUUCAAGUAGGAUUAUCUUACUGUUUGAGCGUGCAUUAUGGUCUGUUUUCUCUCUCAGAAGAUUAUCAUGAAAGUGUGUGAAGUGUUACUGAUCCCAGCUAACACUAAUUUCUAAUUCUCUAGCAGGUAUUCAGAGUGCAUGUUUCUCAUCACUCAUGCAAAAACAAAAUCAUGCAGAGAACAGUAACCAUAAGCUAAUAUGUGACUGUCAUCUACGUAUUUCACUUUACCAUCCUAAUCUCCAUUGUUUGUACCUUUUAGUUGUCCUGGUUUGUGUUCAGUGUUUCCUUUUUUGCCAGUUUAAUUUAUUAUUUUGUAUUCAUUUGCAUUCCAGAUAAGAUUCUCAGGAAGGAAAAAAAGUUUAAUAACUUGAUGAUUUGUAUUUUGGUUUUUGGUGGCUAUGAACCUAUUCUUGGCAUUUUAAGGAUGUCUAGGAUAGGUUUAUAUCAACAGCUGAAAACUGGUUAACAAUAAUUAAUGCAGUCCAUCAUUUUACAGCCUUCAAAAUAAAUGUCCUCUUAACUAUUGCA